AUGGCGAGACACUUGCCGAUCCUACUGCUGUCCUUGGUCCUGGGUGCUUUUGGACAACAAGGUGAGGGGAACAAAGGCGGGGAGAAGAUUAUCGAGGGCUACCCGUGUCCCAAGGCAGCUCAGCUCUCGCAGGUGGCCCUGCUCAAGGGCAGUCAGUUACACUGUGGGGGUGUCCUGCUUAACGAGCGUUGGGUGCUAACCGCUGCCCAUUGCAAGAUGAAUGAAUACAACGUCUACAUGGGCAGUCUAAAACUCAAUGACAAAGGGAGUAAGAAGAUUAGGGCCACCAAGUCCAUCCGCCACCCGGAGUACUCCACGCAGACCCACGUCAACGACAUCAUGCUGGUGAAGCUGAGAACUCCAGUCAGGAUGUCAUCCAAUGUGAAGCCCGUCACCCUGCCUUCCCGGUGCGAACCCCCAGGGACCCAGUGCACGGUCUCUGGCUGGGGCACCACCACCAGCCCUGACGUGACCUUCCCUUCAAGUCUCAUGUGCGCUGAUGUCAACCUCAUCUCCCACAAGGACUGCAGUAAGGUGUACAAGGAUAUGCUGGGCAAGUCGAUGCUGUGUGCUGGCAUCCCGGACUCCAAGAAGAACGCCUGCAAUGGUGACUCGGGGGGACCACUGAUAUGCAAAGGAACUCUACAAGGCCUGGUGUCCUGGGGUACGUUCCCCUGUGGCCAGCCCAAUGACCCAGGGGUCUACACCCAAGUCUGCAAGUACGUCUCUUGGAUAAAGGAGACCAUGAGAAAGAACUGA